UUGGUCGGUUGCUUUUGCCUCUUCUCUCUUCGCUUUCUCCUAUAUAACAAAACCAAAUAAGCAAAAGAGAAAAUGGUUUCGAUGCUACGUUCUUCAAUCGAGAUGAGCAAACAGGCUGCGCUUAAAAAGGCCAAGGAGCUUGCUUCCUCUGCUCCUGUCGUUGUUUUCAGCAAAACCUAUUGUGGUUAUUGCAAUAGGGCGAAGCAGUUGCUGACACAGGUGGGAGCAACUUACAAGGUCAUUGAACUGGAUGAGCUAAGUGGUGGAUACGAACUUCAAUCAGCACUAGGCCACUGGACUGGGCAGAGUACAGUACCUAAUGUGUUCAUUGAAGGGAAACACAUUGGUGGUUGUGACUCUGUCCUGGAGAAGCACAAAAACAACCAACUCUUGCCACUUCUCAAUGAUGCUGGUGCUGUUGCUAUCAACUCUGCCCAGCUUUGAUUAAAAAUCUGUGAGACUAGAUGAAUCUUGUGCUAAAAGAUGGGAAAACGUUUCCCACAUUACCAAUGUACCUGAAUUCCAAUCGUGGACCAAACCAAAUAGAGUGUAGCAUCAACAAUGUUAGUAUUUAA